GCUGCGUGAGGAGGUGGCCCAGCUGCAGGAAGAGGUGCACCUGUUGCGGCAGAUGAAGGACAUGUUGAGUAAGGACCUGGAGGAGACCCAGGGCCAGGGAGGCUGCUCCUCCCACCUCCUCUCUGACACUGAGCUCCGCGUGCAGAUGGGAGACAAGGAGCAGGAGCUGGACCGCGUCAAGGAGGCCUUACAAGCUAUGAAGUCUGACCGUAAGCGUCUUGAAGGAUGGAAGAAGGCAGACCUGGGGAACCAAAUGCAGCAGCUGUACACCACACUGGAGAGCCGGGAGGAGCAGCUCCGAGACUUCAUACGCAACUACCGACCACACCGAAAGGAGAGUGAGGAUGCAGUGAAGGCCCUGGCUAAGGAGAAGGACGUGCUGGAGAGGGAGAAAUGGGAUCUGAGGAGGCAGACCAAAGAGGCCACAGAGCAGGCCUGCAUCCUGCGCUCUCACAUGGACAUUAAGGAGAACCGCAUCAAAGAGCUGGAGGCUGAACUCACCAUGGCAAAACAGUCCCUGGCCACGCUGACUAAGGACGUGCCGAAGCGCCAGUCCUUGGCCAUGCCCUCAGAGCCGGUGGUGAACGGCAGUCAGGAGUGGGCGAUGCAGGGAGACCUGCCCCUCACCGCUGCCAUCCGCCAGAGCCAACAAACACUCUACCACGGACACACUGUGGACCGCCAGGCGGUGGUCAGGGUCAGUCCCUGUCACUCCCGCCAGCCCUCUACCAUCUCGGACGCGUCAGCAGCUGAUGGGGAUCGGUCGUCCACCCCCAGUGACAUCAACUCCCCCCGCCAUCGGACACACUCCCUCUGUAAUUCUAUGGAGGACCUGGAGGACCAGAAGCGUAAGACUAAGAAGAAGGAGAAGAUGUGUCUGGGCUCCCUCUCCCGGGUGUUUGCUCGGGGCAAGCAGCGCAAGUCAAUGGACCCGGGCCUGUUUGAUGGUACAUCCAUCCCUGAUUAUUACAUAGAGGAGGAUGCCGACUGGUGAUGGUGUGUGUGGAUUUAUGUGUGGUUGUGUGCAUGCGGAUGUGCGUGUCUGUCUCUGUCUCUCUCUGUGCGUGUGUGUGUGUGUUUGACCAUGUGCAUGCGUGCGGGUGUGUUGCCGUAUGUGCCCACAAGAAAAACCUGAGACAACUGCUGCCCCCAGAAAAUGUAUAUUAUCCUCAAAAAUGUAUGUAUGUAAAUUAAAUAUAUAUUUAUAGAUGUACAUGUAUGCAUAUGUAUAUAUGUUUACAUGCAUAUAAAUAUAUACAUGAGAUAAUUAUGUGUGGACAUGUUCAUGCUAUGUAAUCUUUUAUUUAUCUUAAUAUAUAUGUGUUUUUUAUAAGUGGAGACAUGAAGGACUGGUGUGAAUAUGUUAAUAGUAGUAAAUCGGCACCUAGUGUUUGUAAAUGUCUUUUGUCUAUCAACUGUUUUUAUAGUUGCUUAUAUCAUACUUUUUUUAUUUAGAAUUUUCCCAUCCCCACUUAGUUGGCCAAUUCUUUAUAUUCUCAUGAAGAUAUGAAUGAGGAAUACCCUCCACAUUGUGAAUGGAGAAGAAGCACACUAGUAUAACCCAUGAUGUUAUCCACGAACAGAAGAACACUGGACCCGUGGUAUCAUUUAGUGAUCAACAUUGAAGUCUAUGGAAAGACCAUGUUUCUUAUAGUGAAACUGAAAGAAAAUGAUAAGAAUAUGACAAUCAGAAGGACAUUUGAUAUUCCGGUUAACAAUGGACAAGAAACAUCCCACUGUACAGCAACAGUAAGGAGUUUGUGACACUGUAGUGUAGAACAAGUGAAACUGCUACAGCUGGGGGGAGCCGGCCUUAUUGCUUAUUCUGUCAUAAUGGAUAAAAGGGGAGGAACAACACAUUUAAAUAGCUCAUUGGGCAGCAUCAACAAAAAGGAUAGCCUUAUAGAGGAUGAUGCUGUGAGUACCAGAGUGUCUGAUGUGAAUAGUGUGCUUUGUAUAGAUACAUGUUUAGGAGAAUAGGAAUGUUAGAUCGGUAGAGGAUUGAUAUGUGCUUGUUUGUGUAGGCCUCCCGCUCUGUUCUACCCAUGCUGAAUGUUUCUGAUAGACACUGACCGUUACAAUCGGAUCAAUUGUUAAAGAAUUAUGGUACCCUGCCAGGCCUGUAGAUGUGUUAAAUCGAUCCAUAUGCAUUUCUCAGACUGAAAGCUGAAAACCAAAAUAAGGUUUCAAAAACAAUGGUAGUAAAAAAGUAGAAAACACACAAAUGUAUCAAUGUAUUUGAUACACACACACGGUUUGAAAGCAUUUUAAAGUGCCAAAGGUUCAAGUUAAAUCUUUAACAAAACAAAGUCAGAGUAGAUGUGUGUCACUGCCUUGUAAGAUCGCUUUUGUCCUUAUUGAGUUUAAAAUGGACAACUAUCUAACGUGACAACGGUAAGCAUAGGACUGUGCAGUAAAACCCCUGCAUGAUUACCUCUGCUGCUUUGGUUAGGAAUCCAUUAGUUAGCAGUGAAAUGAGCAACCUCAAGCAUCCUCAUAUUCCCUAAACUCCAAAACAUAACCCGUUCCCAUUUUCAUUCUCUUGCAUCAUUCUGGAUGCAAUGACCGUUUUUGUUUUGCUCUUUACCAUACAACCCUCCUAAUUUCUUACAUUUGUGAUUAUGAUGAUAAUUUGUUUCAUGUUUUGUAAUUUAGGAGAUGUUGCAUAAAAGAGAAAAUCUUUCAAAGUAUUUUAUUUAAAGAACAAGAAGUAACUUCAAGGGUAAGAUAACCUGACCUGUCUUCAAAUGUUGGCAGAGGAUGAGGAGCUUUAACAUCUUCAAAAAUGAAUAUGAUAAAUGAUUCAAAUAAAAUCAUAUUUUAAAAUUAAACCAGCAACUAAAUAAC